UACCCAAAUGUGUCGACAAAACACAGAAACAACGUGUUCGUUUCGACGUAGUAUUACAAUUUUUAACAAAAAUAUACACUUAACUGAUGCGAUUAGUGACUGGAUUGGUAUUUAGUUUUCUUAAUUUUACAACCCCCCUCUUUAGUGCCAACAUGGUAGCGGCGUAAUGUCUUCUUCCUGUCAACUCCGCACGUGUGUGGGUCAACGCCACAUUGUGGUCCUCGCUUUUUAUUAUUAUAAUGGAAUUAAGUCAGCAAGUACCGCGCAAAAGUUUUAUAUGUUCAUUCUCUGACUGUCAUGCGUCGUACAACAAAGCAUGGAAACUAGAUGCUCAUAUUUGCAAGCACACGGGGCUGAAACCAUUUGUGUGUGAACAUGACGGCUGUGACAAGUCAUUCUGCGACAAGUACCACCUAGCUCGGCACCAGUUGAGCCACAGUGGAGAGAGACCCUUUAGAUGUACAGUAGAUGGAUGCACAGAGGCCUUCACCACAAAUUACAAUUUGAAGAAACAUGUUAAUCGCAAUCACAACCAUGAUAAGGAGAAACUGUAUGAAUAUGUGUGUAGCUUUGAGGGAUGUGGGAAAGUGUUCAGGAAGAACAAUCAGCUCAAGUCACAUGAGUCCCAGCAGCACACCAAACUACCUCCCUUUCAGCUUUAUAGCUGUACCUUUGAGGGCUGCGAGAAACGAUUCACUUUUCCCAAUAAACUACGGCUUCACGAGAAGGUGCACAGAGGCUACCCCUGUGAAAAAGAUGGCUGUUCUUUCAUCGGAAAGACCUGGACUGAGUAUACUAACCAUAGGAAACACGUACACAGAGCCCUUUUUCAGUGUAAUGAAUGCAACAAGGUGUUUCGCGACACCUGGUUCCUGAAGCAGCACCAGCGUGUCCACGCAGAGGAGCGCCAGGUGUUUAUCUGUCCCAGGGAGGGGUGCCAGAGGUCCUUCACCACGCCAUUCAACCUGCAAAGCCACAUCGGCUCUUACCAUGAGGAGCUACGGCCUUACACCUGCCCCCAUGAAGGCUGUGGAAAGACCUUUGCCAUGAAGCAAAGCUUACAACGCCACAAUGUUGUCCACGAUCCAGAAAGGAAGAAACAGAAGAAACCCCGACCCAAGAGAUCCCUGGUUUCCAGACUGAGUGGUUACAAGCCUAAGAAUAACAGUCAUCCAAAGCCCCAUGCAGCUUUGCAAUCAGAAUCCAUUGCAAGGGGUGGACACAGGAUGCACAUGGCAGCUCUGCCAUAUUGGAUGACUUUGGGUUUGGAAAUAAUUCCCAUCGGCACCUCUGUUGCACUAUCUGCUCCAGGGUUGUGUCCUGCUGUCAACACCAUAAAAGUAUGGAAUGCGUUUGGGUCUUUGCGUGUCAAAAAAGAUACAUGUCAAAUAAGAUUUUAAUUUGACACAUCAAAUAACUCAAUUCUAUUAUUGAAUGUUGUGUGCUGAAUUUGCACGUGCAAGCCAAGCGCCGCCACUACUAUCAGUAGCACUGUCAAAGCUGUACAAAAGAGUCUGCAAACAAGCACACGCCGGCCACGAACGAUGCGUUUUCAUAUUGCACUGUAGAGCUUUACAGUGAAAUUAGGUAUCAGUCUACUCAAUACCCAAUAUUUUUUCCCCAACGUCCUCAAGAGUUAUCAGACUCCAAAACAUCCAUGCAGUAUUGUUUUUCCUAGGGAAUACUGUUCAAUACACAUAGUAGGUUGACAAUAAGUAUAGCUAAAUUCAGUUGUCUCGCAAUAAGAGCUACAAUGCUAAUGUUCUCUGGGUGUCACUGAGUAGACUGAUACCCCAUGCCAUUGAUCCACAAUCCAUAGGUAAGGCUGUACAGUGAAAUAAGUAUGCCCCCAAUGCAAUUCUAAAGUCUAAUACAUCCAGUGUGAUUUCAACAGAUUUGUCAAAUUACCAAAUUAUUGUAUUUUGUUUUUAUAUAACAUUCCAACCUCGUGCAUAAUAAUCUAUUCAAUUAUGGCAUAAUUCUACAAGUUGUAUUCAUUUACGUCACUAUCAAUAACAUACUUUAACUUUGAAGGCUAAGCGCGAAGUCCACUAUUGUGGCUAGCUUCACAGAUGUCUCGACCACCAUUAACCAAUAAGAACGGUUUUAUAAAUUAGGGUUAUUUUAGAUGAUGACACCUAGCAUGCUGAAAAAUGUCGUUUUGCUAUGUUUUUGGGGAAGAACAUUGUUUGCGUCAUCAGCUAGCUGGCUUUUUUUAUGACCAGCACUGUAGGUGCGCGCGACAACUAUCUUAGCAUACGUAUCGAUGAACCGGUGACAUGAAAUACAAGGGUGAGUGUAAUGGAUGUGUAAUAGCUACAUACAAAAUUAAUGAACGUGUUAAAUUAUUAUGUGACGUGCAGUCAUGUUCAGGUCCUGAUUGGUCAACAAGUUUAUUUGACAUGUCAAUUAGUGUUAUUUCACGUGUAUCUUUUUUGACACGCGAAGACCCAAACAGCGUUCCAUAUAGAAAUACAACAUUAAUAUUUGGCUUAUUCCGCAUUUGCACAUCUCAGGAAAGUCAACGUGGAGUCCUUGUACAGACAAUAGGGCACACUCCUUUUUCUGUCCACAAGACUACAUAUUUAUUUAUGCAUGUCUGAGCCUAGUUUGUUGCUAACGAGUCUUUGUUCUGCCAAAGGAAAGUUGUUGUACAUAUAUAGAAUUGAAUGUAUAUUUUUGCAAUAAAAAGAGACAAAUUAAAGCCAACUAACUAUUUUGCUGGUUUCAACUACAGAAUAGUGAAGAGGUAUCUGGUUUGUCCAGGUUGAAACAUUUUGGUCUGAAAUGGGAGGUUUACUGGUUGCAAUACUAAUGGUUACCUGUUCUCAAGUUCCAAGAGCUUGUUUGGGAGAUGACGUACAUGAAGAUGGUAGUAGUCGUUAUGCAUAUAAUUCAAUCAUCUCUACAGCGUCUUUGAAACAACAGAAUGGUGAAUAGCAUCUGUAUACGAUAAGUGUUUUAGAUGAUGUGCACCAGACAGGUAAACCAAUCCCCGAUAGAUAUCUUACCAGUGGCUGUACAUGUUCCAUACAUCUUGUUCUGAGUGUGAUUCUGACACGGUGCUUUUUAUCCAGCCAAUUCUGGACCUGCCGCAGUUUGUUUAGAAGAUCAUACUUACCAAUGUCAGAGGAAAAUGUGAGCUCCUUUACCUGCACAGGGCCUCGGUAUGGGUAGUAGUUUUUGUUCUUAUUUUAGAUCCGAGGGGUAUACUACAAAGCAGGUUCAAUUAGUUAGCCAGCAAACUUCGAUAAACAACCAGAAGUAACUGGAUUUGUUGGGGUUCAUUAAGAAAGCUAAACUCUAUUUUCUUUUGGUUGUUGAGUCAUAGGCCAUGCCCAUUUCAAGCUUACCUUUCCAAAAAAUAAAGUUAUUUCAGAACAUAGCUGACUAACUCAUUGAACCUGCUUUGUAGUAUAUACACCACUGUGUUUUAUAUCAAAAUGUGGGUUGGACUUCGCUGUCCGUGAGACGAGAACAUGCUCUCGUGUUUGUCUAUAAAGCACUUCUGAAUAACUACCUUCUUAUUUAUCAUCACUCAUCAAUAUUAGAAUUAUAAUUCCUAAAACCAGGUCUCAAUCAUGGAUUACACUUGAGGCCCAUGCGAUUUCCUCAGAGUUGGGUAUGGCUGCCGUUUCCUGUUAUGCUCCUUGCCUAUGGAAUAGCCUGCAGACUAAACUUAAACUUGAGACUUGUUGCCCAUGCCCAUUUUAAAUAUUUGUUGCCCAUUUUAAAUAUUUAUUGGAGGAUUUUUAUUUUUGUAUCGCUUGUAACCGUUUCGGGUAAUGCAAGUUCUUGUGCUGUUAGGGGAAUAACCUAUGUGUAAAUGUAAUAAUCUGUUGCUGUAUUUUUUUUUGUUAUGUGAUCGUUUUGUUUGUCUUAAGUAGUUUCUUAAUCAUUGUAUCUAAACUGUAUGUGUAAACAUGUAUGCGCAGGGCCCUGCUGUAAAAGAGACCUUGGUCUCCGUCUGUGUUCCUUGUUGAAAUAAAGGUAUAAUAAAAUAA